AGCGCUGUCCCGUUACCUCAUUGACAUUCAGUCCCAGUGAGAGACACAGACAGAGAGUAAGAAGACAUUGUCCGGGACAGAGACAGCGACCGAGCCGCUCGAGCUCUGCAUAGCGACCGCAAAUGGACAUUUUGAGCGGAAUAAAGAUUCAAGUUUGAUGUGCGCAUGAAGGAGUGUGAUCGGAGGAACAAUGAGCACUGAGUGUGUUGUGACCUGGAUUCAGUGAGGAGUUUGGGAGAGACAGGGCGAGGGGUGAGGGGUGGACGAGGGAUUUACUGGGUCAAACAAACUGACUACCCCCACCACUGAAGAAGUUAAAGUCAGAGAAGGAAAAGUGCGGCGACUAAGAAGAAAAAACGCAAGACAAAGCGCAGAGGAAACGAUGAACAGUGAAAAGCCGUGUGUGCUGUGACUUCCUGAAAUCUAGAAGUGAGGUGAACUGAUCUGGAGAGAGAAGCAUAAUGUCACGAUCAGAUGAGGUCAACAAAAUGACAGAAAAUGUCUACAAGGGCAUUCUGGACCAGUUCAACCCCAGUCUGAAGAACUUUGUCACCAUGGGCAAACACUAUGAAAAGGCUCUGACGGGUGUCACAGUAGCAGCGAAGGGUUAUUUUGAUGCUCUGGUCAAACUAGGAGAGCUGGCCAGUGACAGCCAGGGCUCAAAAGAGCUGGGUGACACAUUGUUCCAGAUGGCAGAGGUUCAUCGGCAGAUCCAGGUCCAACUAGAGGAUGUGCUGAAGCUCUUUCAUUCAGAGCUGCUGUCUCAACUGGAGCAGAAACUGGAGUUAGACAUCAAAUAUCUGACUGCAACACUGAAGAAGUACCAGAGUGAGAGGAAGUCAAAGGUGGAAUCCAUUGAGCGCUGCCAAUCACAGCUGAAAAAGCUGCGGAGGAAGAGUCAAGCUAGUCGCCAUCCUAACAAGUAUGGAGACAGAGAGAUGCAGUAUGUGGAGCUGAUGAGUCGUCGGCAGGGGGAGUUGGACUCUCUGGUUGCAGUCGGUUACCGCUCCGCUCUGACAGAAGAAAGGCGGCGCUAUUGCUUUCUGGUGGACCGUCAGUGUUCAGUCACCAAGAUCCUCAUCAACUACCACUGCAAGGUGAGAGAGCUGUUGUCUCAGAAGCUGUCAUCGUGGCAACAGUCAUGUGCCCAGCCAACCAAACUCCCAGAGCGAGCGCUGAACCUGUUGCGCCACACCGCUCCCCAGAGCUCUGGAGGAGCAGGACUAGCAGAGGUCCUGCGCAACGCUAAACUGGGAAUCACUCAACCUGGAGAACAAAGACUGUCUGUACAGGAAGUCCCGCCUCUGUUGAAUGGUGACAGCAGCAGUCGUUCUCAGCAGCAGCAGCAGCAGCGCUCAUCUCAGUCUGAAAGCCUCUCACAGUCUGUCCCAGGUCUUCAGUCUCACCAGAACCCCUCCAGUAAUGGACACGCACACUCCCAGCCAACAUUGGGUGUGUCUGGGUUACAGUCUCCUCCCUCCAUUAGCCACACCUCCACCUCCUCCCACAGCUCCCUGCAGGGCCUGACUCCGCCCCUAACGGCCCCCCACAGCCCUCCGCUGCCCCACAGCGCCCCUCUGUUCCGUGCACUCACACCCAUCCCGCUGUCCAGCUCUCCCGCUGCUGUCAAUGUGCUGAAGGGUCCAGAUCUCUACUCCACCUCCACACUGCCGCUGCCGAGGAGACAGUCCAGCGACACUCGUGAGGGAUUCAUGGGUGCGACUCUGCCCCGUGUGUUUCCUCUCUCUGCUCCGUCCCGUGUGGAGGCUCUGUUUCCUCACUCCCCAGACUCCUGUGAGGGAGAGAAGGCAGGAGACCGUGGAGGAGGAGGAGGAGGUGGUGGAGGAGGAGGCUCUUGUCUGUUGUCCUUCCUGCCCGGUGACACUCUUUCCCUGCUGAUCAGUGAACCCAGAGACGGCUGGCAUUACGGCCAGAAUGAGCGGACGGGACGAAAAGGCUGGUUUCCCUUCUCCUACACACAGCCAUUCCCCAGCACUCCUGGACAAGAUCUCAGUCCUCCUGCUUUGUCUAAGGUGAACAGCACCAGUAUGGGUCAGUUGGACAGGCUUCCCCCGUCGGGUCAGAUGCCGCAGGUCAGUCCUGACUCCGAGGACGAGAGGAGCGUCAUAUCCCAGCGCAUCAGCACCUUCAGACCACGACCCUACAGUAUGAUGAACCCCGAGACCAGCAGGAUGAGCCCGAGACUGCGUCUGAAAGACAGGAUGUCGACUGAUUUCACCCCCCCGCCUCCAUCACCCACCAGGAUCAACCCGUUCGCCCAUAUUCGACUCAGGAAGACGGUGACCAAUGAUCGCUCCGCCCCACUAAUACAGUAGAGCCUUUGAUUGACAGCCAGAGAUGCUGAUGUAACAGGGCCACUAAUGUUUACUGCCACUGUCUUACUGAAUAACUGAACCUUUGAGAGGCGGAUUUUACACUUUUGCCGACAGUAACCAAUAUGAGAGAAUUAAGUGCAGUUAAAUGCAUUUAGAUCAUUUAGGCUUUAGCAGAUCAAAUGUGUAUUCUCUAUAUAUUACAUUAUCAGAAAAAUGAAAUAUUUCAAGAGGUGUUUAUGUAUUUCGGAUGAGUGCACAUGGAAAAGAAUAUGGAAGAAUCAUCCAAAUAUAAAUUCUAUGGUUAUUUACUGACUCUCAUAUCAUUCCACAUAUGCUAUAAUUUUUUCUGCUGCCAUAAUUUUUGGGUGAAUUGUUCCUUUGAGUACUUCCCACCCAAAAUAAGAUUUUUCGUUUUCUGAAAACUUUUAUUUUUUAAUGCUGAAUAAAGACAAGGUAUUCUAGAGCAUUCUGGGAGAAGCAGGUGAACUGUUUGUUGGAGUCAAAAGCAGGAAAAUGGAGUGUGAUUAUAUAUAUAUAUAGAAAGAUUUGGAAAGGAUCUUGGAAAAGAGUUUGUGAAAGUGUGAUGUGAAGAGGCUCUCAGCUCUCUGGUCUCUUGUCCCCCCUUCCAUCUGUCUUAUGUAUUUUGCUGAACCCCAAACCUCUAGAACUAAAGCUUGUAGUCAUGAGUUGCAGCAGAUUCUGGGUGAGGGAUUUGAAGGCUAAGAGUGAGACUGCGAAGAGGAGAUCUGAAGAUGUGACAGAAGGCUCUGGAAAGUGAUGAUGUGCUGGAGGAUGUGACUGGUGAAGUGCUGUAGCUAUAGAUGAGAAAUAAGAUGAAAAACUGUCUUCCUUACCCUAUUUUGCCAUUAUUUUGGGGCAGAAGACUUAGUUAAAGGAGAUGUUUAUGUCCACUGGUUUGAAAUUAACCUAAAGAAUAUGAUACAUUUACUUUUGAGUUUGUGUUUGAAGUAAAUUGUUUCUGAAUUGUCUUAAAAAUUGCUUAGCAUUGUAAGAUUUUACACUGAAUCCAAUAUAACUAAUUAUUAAUGGUGAGACCUUUGUUCUUGUUUGAAUUAUUUCUCCACUCCAGGGUCAGUUCGUUCUGAUGCCUUCAUUAACUUUUUCUAUUAUAAAUAUCUUAAAUUGAAUAAUGCAAAAAGGUUCAUUUACAACCUUAUAUAUGUAAAUAUACUGUAAUACAGUGAGGUCCAAAAGUCUGAGAACAUCCAAUGCAUUUUUUUUCAUAUUGUUUCAUCAUAAGUAUAGUAAUAAAAUGAACAUGAAUUUGAUAUUUGAUGUGUCUCUGCAUUAAAACCUGAUGAUCAUAUUCAUCAUCUGAGCAUCUUGAGGAUCAAUGGAUGCAAGAACCUCUGAGUCACAUGAUCAAACACACUUGUUUACUCAUGAUUAAUGAUCUGGAAAUGCAUGUUCAUUUAUUUGUAUUAUAUUAAUUGAAACCCUAGACUGUGUAUCCAAAUUGAAAUGAAAGGAUCUCAGAUUGACAUGGUCUCAGACUUUCGGAUGCCACUGCACGUUAGUCUGUAUUAGUCUGUGAGUUUAAUUUCCGAACUGAUGUAAUCUCGCUCGAGUGGUUUUGAUCCCUGCUCACAUUGUACUUCUAUUAAAUAUACCAGAACACUGAACAUUUAAAGCAGGACUUUACUGUACAUGUCAGUCUGGCUGCUUUGCUGCACUGUUUUAAUUAUUAAACACUUAUAUGCAGCAUGAAGCCACUUGACAGACACAGGACUACUUUCCCUAAAUACAAAAGCAUUGUGUUCUGAUACGCUGUGGAUCAGUCAUACAUUUUGGACUCCUGAAUGUUUUAACGUCAUGAUAACUGUAUAGCCUUUCUUCCUUUCUUUUUUUUAUGAACUUCAAUAAACAAAGUUAAUCUC